GCUGAGCAGAGCUGAGCAAGUGGAUUUCCAAGACACACCGGGCAGGGCCAAUCUGAUCUGGACCCCUGUCCGGUCGACAUGACCCUUGGUGCCUUGGGCCUCCAGCCCUGGGGCCCUGCGGAGGUACAGGCAGCCUAAGCGGAUCCCUAUGGCCCGUGCCGUGGCCCUGACUCCCGGCACGGAGGCUGUGGGGACCUGCGUGCCCCCCGCGGUGGACCUGGUGCUGGGUGCCUCAGCCUGCUGCCUGGCCUGCGUGUUCACCAACCCCCUGGAGGUGGUGAAGACGCGGCUGCAACUGCAGGGGGAGCUGCAGGCCCGGGGCACCUACCCCCGGCUCUAUCGGGGUUUGGUGGGCUCGGUGGUGGCCGUGGCCCGGGCGGACGGGCUGCGGGGCCUGCAGAAGGGACUGGCUGCUGGCCUUCUCUACCAGGGCCUCAUGAACGGCGUCCGCUUUUACUGCUAUAGCCUAGCCUGCCAGGCUGGCCUCGCCCAGCAGCCGGGUGGUACCGUGGUGGCCGGCGCAGUGGCUGGGGCCUUGGGAGCCUUCGUGGGCAGCCCCGCUUACCUGGUCAAGACGCAGCUGCAGGCCCAGUCCGUGGCCACCGUGGCCGUGGGGCACCAGCACCAGCACCAGAGCGUCCUGGGGGCCUUGGACACCAUCUGGCGGCAGCAGGGCCUGGCGGGGCUGUGGCGCGGCGUGGGGGGGGCCGUGCCCCGAGUCAUGGUGGGUUCGGCUGCUCAGCUGGCAACCUUCGCCUCUGCCAAGACCUGGGUACAGGAGCGGCAGUGGUUCCUGGAGGACAGCUGGCUGGUGGCCCUGGCCGGAGGCAUGAUCAGCAGCGUGACGGUGGUGGUCGUCAUGACCCCCCUCGACGUGGUCAGCACACGGCUGUACAAUCAGCCCGUGGACGGAGCAGGCAGGGGGGAGCUGUAUAAGGGCCUUGCCGACUGCUUGCUGAAGACCUGUCGGCAGGAGGGUCCUCUGGCGCUCUACAAGGGCCUGGGCCUUGCCUACCUGCGCCUGGGACCCCAUACCAUCCUCAGCAUGCUUUUCUGGGAUGAGCUACGGAACCUGGUCAGGCGGACCCAGCACCAAAGCACCUAGGCCUGACCAAGGCCGGGCCCCUCCCUCCUGACACAGCCUGGCACUUGGGCAGAGGGCCUGGCCGGCUCCGGUAGGACCAGCCAUGGACUCACGCCCAGGCCCUACCCACAGCUCAAGAGUCUGCACAACCCCAGGCUCCUCUCCAAGCCUUCAACUUCCUUCUCCGCCCCGAAUCGCUGAUACCCAGCCUCUUGUUUGUUGUCAUGGUGAUGGCUGUGGCAAGAACAUCACCACGACCGGAGCAACUCUGUGUCGGUUCCAAUGUGAUGGCAAAAUCUUCUGUGACCACAAAGAAGCUGAGGCUUCUUCGCAUGACACGGCUCUGGCAACUUUCAAGGGGCAGGACGAGGGCACUGCUGUGCCAGCACCACGGGGUUGUGUGUCCCUUAAGGGUCACCGUCCGUAGGAGGAGCCUCAAAGAUGCGCCACAAGGCAGUGGGGUUUGCCAUGGCUGCCUGGACUCGAACGACGGACACGAGACUCGGACUGCAAUAACUGCCCUCACCUUCAGGAGGCUGGGAGUCGGAGAUCAGAGUGCUGGGCAGGGUGUGUUUUAUGUUGCUUUAGUUUGUUUCCUGAUUUCAUGGCACUGGGGUGGAAGAGAGCCUCUGCAUGCUAGGCAUGCGCUGUCAGUGAGCCACACCCCCAGCCUAAAGCUCCUCCCCUGCUCUCACCCAGACACCCCUCUUGGUCUACCCGCGUGUCCCAGCCCCCUCUUAGCAGCCAAAGCAGGCAGGCACUAGGGGCUCACCGGAAAUCCUAGCUCAUCAAGGGACUGAGAUCCAAGAAUCAAAGUUUGAAUCUAACCGGGACAGACAAAUCAAGGAGACUCUUUAAUUAGCCAGCAAAAAGCUGGGAGGGACGUAACUCAAGUGGGAGAGCACCAGCCUUAAGCAAUACAUAAAUUAAAGAGUAGCGUGAGGCUCUGAGUUCAAGCCCUACUCCUGGUACAAGAAAAACAGAAAGCUUAACAGCCACGUUGGACCAAAGACCUCCGGUUCACUCACAGGCGGUGGUUUCCCAGCUCCACUGGGGCAGGACGGGGCUUCAGCACUGAAUUUGGGAGGGCACAGUUCAGCUCACACACUACCUAGGGUUUGUUUUUUUAU